AUGGGAAGCGGAGCCUCGACAUCCGACCUCAAAAAGAGGAUCGAGGUGGUGGAGAAGCACUGCGAAGGCAAGAAGAUAGGACACGGGACAGAUGGCCUCCACGAGAUGAUGAAGUGUGCCAAGGAGCUGCGUGCUGCCAUGGACACACUGGCCGAAGCCAGCAAGCCCGAUGCAUCUCUCAUGGAUCGGAUUGGUGUCGCCAGCGACACUAUUUACAACAACAUCGACAGCCGAAUCACUCUUGAGUUGGUGGAGAUGGAAGAAGCUGAAACGAUCCUCAAGGACAUAAGAGAAUUGGCAGCUGACUUGGACACAGUCCGGGCCAGUCCCGUGUCCAAGAAGCUGGAAGCGAAGUGGGAGCAAGUGCGAAGUCAGCGGCUGGAAAAAGUUGUCAAAGAGAUCGCUGAGACGGUCAAGGGCACGACCGUGUCCAAACUACUGGAGGCCCUUCAAGAGAUCGUGGGGAAGCUGGACGUGCUUCUUGCGGGCUCCGUGACACCAGAGAUUGCAAAACGUACGACGGUGCAAACUACUGGGUUUGCAUCCGCCAAGUUCCUGAAGGGCUUCCCUGGCCUUCUCCAGAAGGAGGGACCCACCUGUCUGCCCGCCACGCGAGACCUCGUCACCAAUUUCGAUGAUCGCUGCACAAAGAUCUCGGCAGCCGCAGAGGAAAGCCCAUGGGAGCCACAAAUGCCUGAGGUGGAGAAGUUGAUCCAACAGGUUGGGCUUCACAUGGUACAGGUGCAGUUGCAGCAGGGCGCAGCAGAGCUUGCCCAGGAGAACUUCGAAGCGGCUUAUGCUGCAUUUGCAGCGCUGCAUCCAUGGUGGCAGAUCUGUCAAGAAGACGUCCCAGCUGCCCUGCUGGAGGGAUUCAACAAAGUUGCGCAACUGGCUGGAGAUCAGAUCACGGCUGCCUCCAGCAAAGGGGUCGAGAUGAUGGACUUCGCACUCAAGCUUGACGCACUUGGAACGCUGCCUGGCUGGCCAGAAGGUGGCUUCGCUGGGCGCCUGGGCGCCGCUGCCUACGAGGCUCCGCUGAGCGGCCUGGAGGCGGAGUUGAAGGAGACCAUCCACAGUGCAAAGACCAUGGUGGGUUUUGUCGAAACCCUGUCCGCCGCAGCUGACAAGAUUCCAGCAGACCAAGCAGAUCGCGUGAAGGGCUUGCUGGCUGAGCUGGAGGAGAUCUUGCUGGCCCAGGGCGCCGAGGCCUUGAAGGUGGAGGAGCUCGAGGAGGUGACGGCUGCGGUCAAGCGCUAUGAUGCCGCUCGCCCUGCGUUGACGGUGCUUGGGGAGUCCACCGCGUUGCUUCCGCGUCUGCAGGAGUCUGUCUGUCACAGUAGCUUGCAGCGAGCUCAAGCAGAGCUCGGCAAGGAGACGGGCCUGAACCCAGCACUGGUUCUGGACUUGGUCAAGCGAGUUGGCGAAUACAAUCCUGGAAGCAUUGAGGAUUUACAUGCCUCAUUGCAGGUUGUCGCCGACAAGACCUGCCAGCGGAUGUGUGACUCCUUUCAGUCUGCAGUCGCUGCAGGUCAGUAUGCAAAGAUCACUGGCCUCUUGAAGUUUGCGGAAAGCUUCGAUGGAGCCAUUGCCACGGCUGGCGGUACAUCUGAUGUUACGGGGAAGCUGAAGGAAAUUCAAGAGGUGAACCCGGUGAACCGGGUGAACCGGGCGAACCGGGUGAACCGGGCGAACCGGGCGAAGCAGAAGCAGGCGAGCCCGGCGAACCAGGCGAAAAUGGACGAGGUGGAUGGCAUGCUUGCUCAGGAGAAAGGUAUGAACCCCAACGUUAUUCUAAAAGACUUGAUGGAGAUCGUCCCCCUGUGGCCAGAAGCGCAGUCUUCAGAGUUGAGGGAGCGCUUGGUGGCCGCCUUCAACAUGCUGAAGACAAGAAUGUCUGCAGCUUGCACCAGUGCUUCCAAGGGAGAUCAACAGGCCAAACUCAAGGCUCUCAUGGCUUUCGCUCACAGAAUGGACGAGACCCAGAAGUCGCUGGAUUCCUGCUGCCCCGACUUCUUGUUGUCCUUGGCAGCGGCUGGAGCAUCUCAGGACCUUCUGGAUGCGGAAACCGAGCUUGGGAAGGAAUCCGGCAUGAACCCCAUGAUGGUGCUGAAAAACAUCAGAAACUUGAGCAUCUACUGGCAAGUCAUCGGGUCUUCAGAGGAGGGCUUGGCAGCCGAGCAGCGACAACGUCUGGGAGCGAUGUGUGAUCGGAUGCGAUCCAGGAUCACCGCGUCUUACCAGGAAAAUCCAGAGAAGCGGCCGAAUCUACUGAAGUUCUCUGGGGCAUUCGACGCUGCAAUCGAAGGCCUGGCGGGUGCCGGCGAGGCAGACUUGACUUCCGAGCUUUCCAAAAUUGAGUAG